AUGGCAGAAGUGGCACAAUUUCUCAUUUCACGCAGUGCAAUAAUUGAUUCAAAAGAUACUGAAUCAGAAACUCCUCUUCAUCGAGCGGUUAUGAGAUAUAGCAUAGAAACGGCUGAAGUACUUCUUUCUAAUGGAGCAGAUGUCCUUUAA